GCUCUGCCUAAUAUGAUAGGAGCUCUAUUUUAGACUUCAGAUUGUAUUUAUGACUCUCAGAGCAGCCUUCUGAAGAAUUGUUGGGGCUCAGGUUUCUAUUGAAACGACCUGUUAUGGCAUCUCCAGGCUCUGGGAGACUUGUCUGUGAUGAUUAAAGAGAUACAAAGGUUCUAGCUGAAGAGGAAUGAUUCAAGGGUGAUUCCCUAUGCCAGAAGAAGCUCAUAAUUAAGCCGGUCCGGAGGUUGGAUUUCUUUUACAACCUCUUAAGACAGAUACUUGCAAGAGGGGAUAUCACAGCGUUUCUAGUCUCAGAGAAAAAUAUGGAAUGUGUUUUACUGCUGACUGAACACAACCAAACAAACUGUACAGACAAUAGUAUGAGAACCAGCAGUUAGCAGUUUGCUCAGGCUCUAACACUAUCCAGCACGUUCCAGAGCAAAAUCUCUGUUUACAAGAACUCUACCUUACAAGGUUUUUACAAAACCUCAAGCUUGGUUUAUUUAAGUAUUUCUACAAAAGAAAAACUCCUGCGGUCCACUUGCAAAAAUGGCUAUGGAAGAUUACUUGUGGAUGGUCAUUUUGGGCUUUAUCAUAGCCUUUAUCUUGGCAUUUUCUGUUGGUGCAAAUGAUGUAGCCAAUUCCUUUGGCACAGCUGUGGGCUCUGGCGUGGUGACCUUGAAGCAGGCUUGCAUUUUGGCAUCAAUAUUUGAAACGACGGGAUCAGUAUUGUUAGGAGCAAAAGUGGGAGAGACUAUUCGAAAAGGUAUCAUUGACGUGAACCUAUACAAUGAGACAGUGGAAACGCUGAUGGCCGGAGAAGUUAGCGCCAUGGUUGGUUCUGCUGUUUGGCAGCUGAUAGCAUCAUUCUUGAGACUUCCAAUCUCAGGAACCCAUUGCAUUGUGGGUUCCACCAUAGGAUUCUCACUUGUUGCAAUUGGUACAAAAGGCGUACAGUGGAUGGAGCUUGUCAAGAUUGUUGCUUCUUGGUUUAUAUCUCCACUGUUGUCUGGUUUCAUGUCUGGCGUGCUGUUUGUGCUGAUCAGAAUUUUCAUCCUAAAAAAGGAGGACCCAGUCCCCAAUGGUCUCCGUGCACUUCCACUAUUCUAUGCUGCUACCAUUGCAAUUAAUGUAUUUUCCAUCAUGUACACAGGGGCACCAGUAUUAGGGUUGGUUCUUCCAAUGUGGGCAAUCGCUCUCGUCUCAUUUGGCGUUGCUAUCAUCUUUGCUGUUUUUGUGUGGUUGGUCGUUUGUCCAUGGAUGAAGAGGAAGAUAGCAGGCAAAUUAAAGAAAGAGGGUGCCUUGUCAAGAGUAUCUAAUGAAAGUCUCCAUAAAAUCCAAGAAGCAGAGUCCCCGGUAUUUAAGGAACUCCCUGGUGCCAAGACAAGUGAUGACAGCACCGUUCCCCUCACUGGCUCGGCCCCCGAAGCCCCUGGAGUGUCUGAAGGCACAGUGAAUGGAAGCCACUCGCGAGUGCCCUAUGGAAGAGCGCUUUCCAUGACCCAUGGCUCCGUGAAGUCGCCCGUGUCCAAUGGCACGUUUGGGUUUGACAGUCAGAUGAGAAGCGACGGACAUGUCUAUCACACUGUACACAAAGACUCGGGGCUCUAUAAAGACUUGCUGCACAAAAUCCACCUUGACAAGGGGCCUGACGAGAAGCCCUCGCAAGAAAGUAAUUACAAGUUGCUUCGCCGCAACAAUAGCUACACGUGCUACACCGCGGCCAUCUGCGGGAUGCCGGUGCACUCGGCCUUCAAAGCCGCCGACUCUUCCUCCGCGCCAGAAGACAGCGAAAAGCUCGUGAGCGAUGCCGUGUCCUACUCUAAGAAGAGGCUCCGCUACGACAGCUACUCCAGCUACUGCAACGCCGUGGCCGAGGCCGAGAUAGAGGCCGAGGAAGGUGGUGUGGAGAUGAGGCUGGCCUCGGAGCUCGCCGACCCCAACCAGCCCCUCGAGGACCCCGGCGAAGAGGAGAAGGAGGAGAAGGACACGGCCGAAGUGCACCUGCUCUUCCAUUUCCUGCAGGUCCUCACCGCCUGCUUCGGCUCCUUUGCCCAUGGAGGCAACGAUGUGAGUAAUGCAAUUGGCCCUCUGGUAGCUCUCUGGCUUAUUUACCAACAAGGUGGGGUACUACAAGAAGCAGUUACUCCAGUCUGGUUGCUGUUCUAUGGAGGAGUUGGAAUUUGUGCAGGUCUCUGGGUUUGGGGGAGAAGAGUUAUCCAGACAAUGGGGAAAGACCUCACUCCAAUCACCCCAUCCAGUGGAUUUUGCAUUGAAGUAAUGUGUGCGCUAACCGUGCUAUUAGCCUCAAAUGGGGGCAUUCCAAUCAGCUCCACUCACUGCAAGGUCGGCUCCGUGGUAGCAGUGGGCUGGAUCCGUUCACGAAAGGCCGUCGACUGGCAUCUCUUCCGGAACAUCUUUGUGGCCUGGUUUGUGACUGUCCCAGUGGCUGGUUUAUUCAGCGCCGCGGUGAUGGCCAUCUUAAUGUAUGGCAUCCUGCCAUAUGUGUGAAGGGGCACCAAGAUAUAAACACAUACAUCAGUAAAGGGAGAGUCCAGUGUGUGUAUGGGUGUGACACAGUGUGGCUGGCUCUUCCUGGCACACACAUGGCACACACGUCUAUGGCACGCACAUACAUGCUCGCUCUAAGCCACCAGCUUCACUGUAUCCCGGAGUACAGACAGUGACCCCAGUCACUACACUAUCCGCCCAAGCGGCAGGACCCCAGCUUCCGUCAUCUAACUUAACUACUGUCUAUAAAAACGUGUGCUCAAUUGGUGAUAUAACACGUGAUGCUGUUACUUAUAUAUUAAAUACAUACUAUCUACAUAGAGUAGGAAGCACUACUACUGCAAAUAUAUUCAGAGUUGGGGUGGAGAGGAUUGUCUAGAAUUAUCCAAUAAAUCUGUAUAUAGUUAUUUCUGUGGCGGUUUUAAAAAGCCUUUUCAAGGCAAUUGUAGAUUGGGAAAUGCUUUUUUCCCCCGUUUGUAAGAUAAAUGAGGUACAGGCUAUAUAACACACAUUUGAAAACACUGUAUGUAGGUCUGUAAUGGUCUCUGUGCUAUGGAAAUGAUACUGGAACAAAAGUUCACAAGUGCUUUCAUGCAUAAUUUGUCCAUAUACUGUAUUGAUUAUUGUGUAAUAUAUUGUAAUUGCUUUUGUAAAUACUUAAAACUGUAACUUUUUAAUGGUGCAUUUCCCUUAUACAUUUUGGAUCAGAGAGUUUUAGAGAGUACCAAAGAAGCAGGGGAGUAU